UCCCUGCAGAGACCCAGUUCUUCCUCCAUUCUCCAGGCUGUGUGUGCCUCAGCUCAUAGGGGGCAAAAUCAAAAUUCAGCCAAGAUGUCGGAGAAAAAGAUGUCCUCGAGUCGCAAGCAUCAUCUAAAGAGCUUGAUGCUUGGCAUCGCUAAAGGUAUACUGGAACAGGAAGUAAAGGACAGAGAGGUUGAGAGGCAGAAAUACAUGUCAGAAGCCUGCAAACCUCUGUCUCUACCUGGAGGCGUGCAGGCAUUACAGGAACUGUGCAGGGAGCUUCACCACAAAAUUGAUGUCACUGACGAGGAGAGAUAUGAUAUGGAAAUGAAGGUCAAUAAGUGUGCAAAGGAGAUUGAAGACCUAAAUAUCAAAGUUAUUGACCUGAAGGGCAAGUUCAAGAAACCAGUGUUGAGAAAAGUGCGCAUGUCUGCCGAUCAAAUGCUUCAGGCUCUGCUGGGCUCCAAGCACAAGGUGUCUCUGGAUCUGAGAGCCAAUCUGAAACAAGUCAAGAAGGAGGUCAAGGAGGAGGAUAAGGAACUGCGUGAUGUUGGGGACUGGCGUAAGAAUAUUGAAGACAAGUCUGGCAUGGAUGGCAGGAAGAAGAUGUUUGAAACUGAGGCUUAAAUUUUGUUUUAGUUUUUUGAAGUUCAGUAUGCUGCUCAAAUUGAAUUGGCCUUGUCUUUAAUGUGCAAGAAACUGUACCAUAAACACAUUCAUUUACAUUUGCUAUUAUGGGAAAGCAAAUGUGAUCACUUAGUUUUCUGUUCAAUAUUGGAAGAAUACUGGAAAUGUGCAUUCUCAGCCCAUGUAUCAAUGUCUUACACAACCAUUAAAAUGUUUAAGCAGGAA